GCUGGCCAAAACUUUCGUUCACUGGAUGGAGUACAAUGUAGUUUGGAAUGAAGGCUCCCUGGGCCUAACGCUGCGGCCUGAGCUCGGCAAAGACAUGCCCCCCGUCGUGGGGAGGCUCACCCGCGAAGAGUCUGAAGCGGCACAUGGCGGUGUCGCCGUCGGCCACAUGCUUACAAGCAUCAACGGCGAAGAGACAGCCAAAAUGGGGUACGACGCGGUCGUGCACAUGCUCAAGACAGUUCCAAGGCCGUGUCUCCUCCGUUUUCGAGUCCCAAAGUCCCUCGCCACCAGCCGAUCUACUGGAAGCUCGUCGUCCGCUCCCAGCGAAGUCGUACCAAACCAGCAGCCGGACAACGCGAUGCUGGUCUCGUCAUCCUCUGGCCGUCCAAAGCGCGACACAUACGUGGUCGAGUGGAUCUACGGACCCCUUGGCUUGAUCUUCCGCCAUGCCGACUUGGACCACGACAUUCCGUCUAUUCGCAAGAUUACGGGUAAAGGGCUCGGGUCCCAUGGCAUCAAGCACGCCCGUGUGGACGACAUAUUGGUCGAGAUCAAUGGCACCACGACAAAGACGCUCGGGUUCAACCGGUCCAUUUCCAUGCUGAAAAGCAUGGAAAAGCCCGCGCUUCUCAAGUUUCAACGGUCGUCUCGCGAAAAAGAAAUCGUGCGAGUUAGCAUGCGCGAGCCACGCAUCAAGUACGAGCCUGCCGCAGUCGCUACGCCGACAUCACUCGGGGUGGCCGCCGAGUACGACAUUGUGUGGUACGAUGGCGACCUCGGGCUUAAACUGCGGCCAACAGCAAACGAUGUCCCGAUGAUCUCACGCUUGACGGGGAAAGGCAGCGCGGUCGGUGUGGACAACUCGCGCGUUGGCGACGUCCUUGUCGCGAUCAACGGCAAGUUUAUCCACGAAUCGUCGUACAUGAGCACCUUGAGGUGGAUCAAAGACACUCGCAAACCCAUCACGCUGCGAUUUCGAUCGCGGGAUCGCGACAAAGACGCAGCCACGUCGGCGUCCUCCAUGUUGUUUCAGAAACACGACCAGAUUCCGGACUUUGUGCUCGCGGCGCUUCGUGUGGGCGAAUACGACCAGGUGGAGGCGUAUGCCCGCCGCGCCAUGGCCGCAUCGGGCUGUGCCAAGUCUGCGUUUGCAUGGAUGGGAGAUGCGCUUCAUCGUUGCGAAGAGUACGAUUUGGCCCUGGCUGUGUUUGACAAAGGCCUGCAGCUCCAUUCCAAGGACGUGGAUUGUGCGGUCGGAAAGGUCGACGUCCGUGAAACGAUCCAACUCGCCAAAGUGUUUGGGCCAAAUGCAGCAGUCAAACUCGCCAAGGACCCAGAGAUGCUCAAGCUGCUCAAAGAUGAACAGUCCCGGCGCAUCAUCCAAGACGUGCUAAUCCACCCGAGCCAAUACCACCAGCACAAAACGCUGUGCGAACCCGUCCUGGCGUAUCUCCAACAAUUCUGCGACGAAACGAGUGGCGCUGCCCAGGAUCACACCAUCCUCGCCCUGCCUGUCAAAGGAACCCUGGACGAGCUUACAGCGUACCUCAUGACGCCAGGCAAUCCUCGCAAGCAUCGGCUGUCGGAUACGUACAACGUGGUCGCGGAUCUCUUGACCAAGUGCAACCAUAGCGUGUUCAAAGCGGAAAGUGGUGGGAAGAAGUCCAAGAAACUUGUGGUCAAGCUCACCGACAAGCAGAGAGAAGUCGAGUUCUAUGAGCGCAUGGGGCACGACAACGACUCGGAGCUCUACAUUGUCGACUGCGUCCAGAUCAUUGACGUGCCUCUAGCCGGGAAGGCCAAGUGUUUUGCGGUCGUGAUGGAGCAAGGGCUGGCGUUGGACUUGGACCACGUCCACAUGCUUCAACAGCAGCCGUUCCUGCGACUGAAUUGCAUCGAGAAGCUCGCGCGAGCUGUCCUCUUUUUGCACGGCCAACGACUCAUCCAUGGUGACAUCAAGCUCGAAAAUGUCGUGUACUUUAGCGAUCGCAUUUGGUACAAACUGAUCGAUUUUGACCACACGGUGCCGUUUGGGUCGCGCAUUCGGCAUUGCACCCCCGAGUACUGUCCGCCGGAAAUGGCGCGAUGCAUGCUGCAGGGUCAAGCGUCGACGAUCGCAGCGUCGCCCAAGUUUGACGUGUGGUGCUUUGGUGUGCUGGUGCUUCGUCUGUUUCUGGAUGGUGGCCACUUGGAUGAAUUUGACGGGGUCGAAGGCGACGCCGUGUAUAAACUGGUCGCGGCGCCGGGGUUUUCGUUCCGCCAGAGUCUGGCCAAAGUGGCUGCGUUGAACAACCGCCAAAAGAAGUACUUGCUCAUGUGCUUGGAGCCAGACGAGUCCAAGCGAACGGGCAACUUGCGCGAUUUGCUCAAGGCGCUCGAAACCAAAUCGACAACUCACGGCAUGGCGCCUGCACCGCCGUCGCCCAUCGACCAACUAUCGUGUCCGCUGCCACUGCUUUGGACGCUGUCUGUCAUGACGGACAAGGCCCGCAUCCCGCUCGGCGACUUUCUUCGAGGCCUGGACUGCCGCAUCGGAGUCCUCAACGCGCCGACUGCCGAGUGCACGUGCGACGAAAGCGAUAUCGUGACGGUGUUGGCCGAGUCGGACGUGGUCGCUCUAGUGCUGCCGUUCGUGCGCGCUUAUGGCCUUUUCUCGGGCAUUUUGGACACGUUGGAAGACUACUACGGCACGGACGUGGCCCAUUUCAGGUUUGCCUAUCCUGAUGCCGACAAACUGGACGCGACCGUCGCGUCCCUCGAGUCGAUCCAUCCCAUGACGGCGAUGCUGCCGUGCGAAGGGACCCUCCGCACCCUCCACGCCCGAUUGACUCAAACCAAAGUCCCCCGAGACGAAGUCGACGAAAUACUGGACACAGUGUUAGCGCAGGGCAUGUCGGCCUUUGUCUCGAGCAACGACACGUCAGCUCGUGUGGCCGAGAUUUUCAAGUCGAUGGCCAGUCUCAACGCACUCUCCAAACCAACUCUCAUCGGCGGAUGGCGCAGCCUUUCGGGCACGAACGACGUCACGUGGAAGUGCCAUCGCCACGCGCCGCACCAUAGUACUUGCGAACCUCGAAACCUCGCCAUGACGGAAUUUGCCGUCCCAGAGCCGUGGGAAUUGCCCAUGUUGUGGUCGCUGGACGCCGCGGAGAAGCUGGGGAAAUGCGACCCGUCGAAGCUUGAGCGAAUGCGAUUUCAACUUGUGUUUCAGUGCGAGUGGUGUGCGUCAUCGUGCGGCAGGUUUGAGCCCCAGAACGAUGCGGAUGCACGAAACGAUGCGUCGUUGCGAGAGGUGGGUGCGUCGGUCGCGAUCCGGGAGAUGUUGCCCAUUUUGAACGCAAGCUAUCUGGCGCGGAAGGCGUUAUGUGUGGCGGCUCUGUUGGGUGUGUCGUUGGAUGGGUUUCAGUUUGAUUUGAAGGAUACCCAGCACGUGGCCAAAAUCGCGAGGGCGUUGGAAUCGAUCCAUGGACGUCCCCCGCGCUUCGACACGGACGCGGCGUUCGAAGAGAUUGUCCAUCGACUCGAGACUGAAGACUUGGAUGACGUGGAGUUGGCAGACGAAGCGAGGAAAUUGCAGGACGCGUUGUUGGUGUACCGAUCUAUGGCUCUUCCAAAGAUGAAGCAAGUGUUGGCACGAAUGGGCUUUGACUGGAACCGCGCCCAUGUCGGUGGGCUACGUCAAGUCCAAUUUGCAUCGGGAUACAGCCGAUGGGUGUGCCAAGUGCACUCGGGUGCCCCAUAACACGGCAAGUGUAGCUCUAUGUCGAGUGGAUGUGAAGAAGGUAGAUUCGGGUGGGGUCAUGCCAAUACACCCCUGUCGCUUUGUGUCGCUUUCAAUGGCUUGUUGGGAUAUGGC